AUGGAGAACGAGAGGGCCACUGACGAGACGCGACCACUGCUGGCCGACCAAGAGCAGGCCCGCACCAAAAGCCUGAAGAAGGCGACCCCACUCCCUGUCGUGCAGAUUGGCUUGCUACUGCUCGCACAGUUGACGGAGCCCAUCACGUCGCAGAGUUUGCUACCAUACAUCAAUGAACUCAUCAGCAAGCUUGACAUCACGCAUGGAGAUAGACGCGCCGUAGGCUAUUAUGCGGGAAUCAUUGAAUCUCUGUACUUCGCAGCAGAAGCAUGUACUGUCUUGCAAUGGGGCCGCCUUUCAGAUCAUAUCGGUCGCAAGCCGGUACUGCUCAUCGGUCUCACCGGCCUCGCCGUCUCGUUCGUGCUGUUUGGCCUCUCCUCUUCGUCAUUCUGGGCCCUUGCACUCAGUCGAGCGUUAUGUGGCGCGCUGAAUGGCAACAUUGGGGUUAUGAAGAGCGCUAUGGGCGAGUUGACGGACCGCUCUAAUCGUGCGCGAGGCUUCGCGUUGAUGCCUGUUAUGUGGGCAUUGGGAGCAUCUGUCGGGCCUCUCAUGGGCGGUACGCUGUCGCGACCAGCAGACCAGUUUCCGGGGACUUUUGACACGCCAUUCUGGCGCCGAUUCCCCUACUUCCUGCCCAGUCUCAUUGGCGCGUUGUUCACGGCGCUCAUCAUCAUCCUUGUCGCAUUAUUCCUGAAAGAGACACUACCGAAGCAAAAGAAAAGGACACCGUCCGAAAGCAGUUCAUCGACGCAGGACUCCAAGGCGGAAGAGGUCCGACCUCUUCGCGAACUUCUGACCAGACCUGUGAUCCUCGCUGUGUUGAACUAUGCCGCCCUGGCAUUCCUGGAUAUCGCGAUGGCAUGCAUGGGCCCUCUCUUCUACUCUACACCUAUCGAGUUAGGGGGUCUAGGCAUGUCACCAGCUCAGAUCGGUCUUUUCCUUGGUCUAUAUGGGGUCAUCGACGGGAUCGCGCAGUUCCUAUUCUUCCCUAUUAUCGUCGACCGAAUCGGUGUGAAGCCGAUACUCGUCAUCGCCAUGUCUGCAUUCGUGCCCAUCUUCACCUGGUUUCCCGUGGCAAACAUGAUUGCACGGCAGUAUGGCUUUGGCGCGCCCGUGUACGUAGCACUUGGUGUGCAGAUGGUGUUCAUGGGCGUAAUGGACAUGGCGUACGCUGUAACGUUUAUGUACAUCACCGCGUCUGCUCCCAGUCAACGCUCUCUGGGAUCGGUGAAUGGCCUGGCCCAAACUAUGAUCUCAAUCAUUCGUACGAUUGGACCAGCGAUGGCGACAUCCCUCUUCGCGGUGUCGAUUGAAGAAAAUCUCGCGGGCGGGAACUUAGUAUACAUCAUCUUCGUGGUGUUGUCUGUCCUCUCCCUAUUCCUCGUGGCCAAGCUGCCUGCACAGCUGUGGCACUUUGAAGGCGGCGUCGACGACGAGAGCGACAACUAA